ACUGAACACACCCGACUUUGUGUACGUUUUUACUAGGAAAAGGGAUGUGGAAUCAGUGUUUCGGCUCGCAUUUCUCAGUAACAAAAGCAAACGAACUCAUAUUUUGGAUUUGAGUAUAACUUUACUAGGCCUUUCAUUUGAGAUAGAAAAAUUAAAAAUCGAAAGACUUUCCCUAGGCAACCAUGCUUAUACCCCAUGGGUAGUCUUCAGUAGGGUGAUCACGAAAAAUGGUUUUUGCCUUUUCAAAGAAGCAAAAUCAGAAAAUAUGGUCUAAAGAAAAAUUGUAGCGCUUGAAAUUCUCUAUCGAAUCAUAUAUAGGAAAAUACUUUGCAACAUAAUCUUGAUUAUGAAAACACGACUGGAAGCCGCUGCAGUGCAAAAAAGAGCUAUCUGCAACAAGGUAUUUACCACCAAUUGGUACGAUAAGAGUCUUCUUUCAAACUUGUUCAAUAUAUAUCGGGUAGAGGAAAGAAUCCUCUAUCGAUUCAUAUAUAAAAAGUUGUACUUUGGUGGUACUUUAUGUCUGAAACCGGUCAAAAACGAGACACACCCCUGGACAAAUUUUUGGUCAAAAAUCUGGUCUUGUGACGGCUAUAACUCGGGCUAGCUACAUCAGACAAGCGUGAAAAUUUGGGGAUAUAUGUAAAAAACUAUGCUCUAUCGAAUGAGAAUAUUAAAUCGAAAAAGUAGAAACCGCGACCCCCCCCUUAAUUAGUCACAACAGACUAACAUAUACUGUCUAUGUAGAUAUAUUUACUGAGUAAAAAAAUAAUGCUAUCUUAGAUUUAUAAGAAAAAUCGUGCCCCAUCUCCAUUUCAAAAUCCUAGAUAAAAGAUGAUGAAAACCGUUCAUAUGAAUUAGCGGCAUAUUUUACACAUUUACAAUUACAACCAAUACAUAAAAUAAUGACAUUAAAAUCUGCACUUAAUUGAGCAUGUAAAUUAAAAAGUUAUAAAACUGCAACAAGUUUUGCGAAACGUUUAUUAGAAUUAGGACCAAUACCUGAUGUUGCUCAACAGUUAUUAAUGUUUUAUUAUCCACAAAAAGAAGCUGAUUUAGUUGAAAUGACAAAUAUUUUUGAUUCAUUAUAUGUUUGUAUUAAGAUCUUUCAUGAUCUUAAUGCUCAAGUAACUUGA